AACGAUCAAAACUCAAAUCUCGCAGCACACGUGGUGGUAAACAGACACAUAGUUUUUGGGUUUUAUUUAAUUUUGCAAAAUGAGUUCGCAAAUAGACGUGCCAUCAGAUGAAGAAGAUGAAGUUAAAGUUCAGCAUUUUCACGAAAUGGGUUUAGACGACAGAAUCUUAAAAGCAAUAGCAAAGCUGGGUUGGGCAGAACCGACGCUCAUUCAAGAGAAAACGAUUCCCCUUUUGCUGGAUGGAAAGGAUGUCUUAAUCAGAGCUCGCACUGGUUCAGGAAAAACCGGAGCAUUCGCCAUUCCCCUGAUUCAAAAAAUUCUAAGCAGAAAAGAAACACAGUCCCAUCAGGAAGUAAAGGGUCUCAUACUCGCACCCUCCAAAGAAUUGUGCAAGCAAAUUUCUCAAGUAAUCGACACACUGACUACGAAAUGCUCGCGAGAAGUAAUGAAAGUCGACAUCAGUCCACAAGAAGAUUUAAACGUUCAGAAACCCCUUUUAAUUAGGUGUCCUGAUAUCGUUAUUGGCACACCUGGUCGAACUUUACAACACAUAAAAGCUGGUAAUCUCAUUUUGAAAACUAGCCUCGAGACUUUAAUUAUCGAUGAAGCUGAUUUGGUAUUUUCUUUUGGUUACGAAGAAGAAAUGAAAGCGGUUUUGAAACAUUUACCAAAAGCCUGCCAAUCCGUUUUAGCAUCCGCGACUUUGUCCAACGAUGUGUUGACUUUGAAAAAAUUAGUUUUACACAAUCCAGCAGUUCUUAAAUUGGAAGAACCACCUUUAGCUCCGCCGACUCAAUUGUCGCAUUACACUCUCGCCGCUGAAGAAAACGACAAAGCGGCGAUACUUUACGCAUUGUUGAAGCUGCAUUUAAUACGGGGAAAGUGUAUAAUAUUUGUAAACACAGUGGACCGAUGCUACAAAUUGAAAUUGUUUCUGGAACAAUUUGGAAUUCCAACUUGUGUGCUAAAUUCGGAAUUGCCAGCGAGUUCGAGGUGCAGGGCUGUUAUGCAGUUUAAUACCGGAAUUUAUGAUAUCAUCAUUGCAUCUGAUGAACAAGCUUUAGAAGAGCCCCACCUAGUUAAACAGAAAACAAAGCGCAGAAAAGAUAAAGAAUCUGGAGUAGCACGGGGCAUUGACUUUCAAUUUGUCUCCAAUGUAAUAAACUUCGAUUUCCCCCUGGAUGUGAAUUCUUACAUUCACAGGGCAGGCCGAACAGCCAGAGGGAAAAAUCAGGGUUCUGCCCUUAGUUUUGUUUCUAUUAGAGAAAGACCUUUGUUGGAAAAAGUCGAGAAUGAACUGAAACAGGAAUACAGCCGUCAAACUCUCUUCAAAACUUAUCAAUUUAAACUAGAUGAAGUUGAAGGCUUUCGCUAUCGAGCAAAAGACGCGUGGAAAGCAGUAACGAGGAUAGCAGUUCGAGAAGCACGACUCAAAGAAAUCAAACAAGAAGUCCUCAAUUGCGAAAAAUUGAAGAGCCACUUUGAGGAAAAUCCCAGGGAUUUGCAAUCUUUGCGUCAAGACAAAGCUUUGCAUACAGUGAGACAGCAACCCCAUUUAAAAGACGUUCCCGAAUAUCUAGUGCCAAAUUCACUGAAAAGACUCGUAGGUAUGGGAAAGCGGAAAAGGAAAUUCGACAGGAAUCUCGCAAGUUCUGGAGCGACAGCAGCGAAAUCGAAAUACCAAGCGAGGGCAUCGAAUCCACUACUUACUUUCAAUCUAUCUAAGAAAAAGAAGAAGUAGUUUGUAUAUAAUGUUAAUUUUAAUAAUUGUACAAAAUAUACGAGUCUUAUAUUACAUACGAGUGCGAAAUUUGGAGUUGUGAUUUACAGUAAAAAAAA